AUGAGCAGGAGUGCAAGCAGUUUUAUUCGUAAAGAGCUCGGCCAUAACCAAUCGGGUUCUACCCUUCAAAGUACUUCCAACUUUGAAAGAGCUUCAUCACCAAUAUUACAAUAUGAUGAAGGUGGAGCAAGAAAAUUUCAGCGCCCUCAAUCAACCAGUGGCAUUAGAAACCGCUCUAGAAUUGAGGCUCCACUACCGCCACCAUCUAUGGAAGAGCUACGUGCAGCUUCUCCUAUUGCCAACAGAUCAUCAUCACCCAUAGCUAAUCGAUCUUCCUCUCCUAUUCAAUAUAGAGCACCUUCGCCAGUAAACAGAAGUGAUGUCCCAAAACAACCAAGAGAUAACUUCAAUGAAUCAACUCUCUCUUCAAGCAACAGAGUGGACAGGAAUCAAGCAGCUAAAAGACCCUCUAGCGUUACCGGAAGUAGCAGAAGCUCAUCGCCAAAUACUAUAGACAAGAAACUAAAUACGAUUAGUAGCAGAAUUGAUUUUGACAGUCCAACAGCAAUACGGGAAUAUUCUCAUACGUCCUUUGAUGCUCCCAGAAAUCUAAAAAGACCUUCCUCAGUGGCUGGGUAUUCAAAGAAGAACUCAACUACAUCAAGCACCAUUUCUGGUAUUCCGCCACGAGAAUCUGACUGUUUCCAUAACACCACAUAUAACACUCAUUUCGUUGUCAACACCAAUCCAAAUCGAUCUGUAUCUCCAACAAGCUACUCAAGCACUUCAUUGCAAAGUAAGAGCUCCCUUGAUAGAGAGUUGAUAAAUAGCUACUUUUCCAAACAUAAUUCGGUGAAUCAAAGCCAUGCUGAAAAUGAAAAACAUGUACCUGUUCAUUUAAGGAAUGUAGACUAUUCUCAAACCAAUGACGUCUUAGAGGUGGUCAAAAACAAAAUUCAUAGUCUUUCUCCAAAUUUAUCAGAGGCCUUCAGGCGAAUCAAGCAAGCCACUGGAUACACAGGUAAUAAGGUUCGUGCAGAAGACUUCAAAAGAGCUCUUGUAAAGGAUUUCCACUUGUUGGAAGACAUUUCUGAUGAUACUCCUAAUUUUAAGGCUGUAAAGCAAUUUCAAACUGAGCAAAUCAAAAAGUUAGAUGAGUUUAUCAAAAUGGCAGACCCAAAAGGAGAAGGAGCAUUUGGAUAUUCUGAUUUUAUUCGUGCAAUGGAAGAACUAGAUAGAAAAUUAGGAACUAACUCAACAACUGCUCAGAGAGAGACAAGAUAUUGUGGAUCUAUGAUAGAUGAGGCUAUGAAAAGAAGAAGAGAAAAAACAGAGCAAUAUAUCGAGAAAAUAAUGGAUCCAAAAAAAGACAGGGCGCCUUAUGGUGUUGCUGAAGAUCUUGUUAAAAACACAGAUGUUUCAAAAUCAGUUUAUUAUACUAGAAUGGAAUUAUUAAGGAACACCUUUGGAGUUGAAAAUGACAAAAUACCAAUACCUUUAUUUAGGGAUGCCUUAAAAAGAUUUGACAGAUAUAUUUUGGAUGUGGAUGUAGAUCAAAUAAUUGAAAAUAUGGGAGCUAAAAAGAAGGGAUAUAUUUCCUUAAAUGAAUUUAUGAAUAAUUACGGCUUCGAGACAAUUAAAAGCAAAUCGUUUAGGAGUUCGUAUGAGAAUGUGAAAGGCAUACAAUGGCCUCAAACAUUGGAAUACAACCCAACCAAAGAAGAGAUAAUGAGUAGUAUGAGAGAGAACAAGAACAAAAAGAAAGUUAGAGGAAGGAUAAACAAUACUAGGACGAAUAUUUUGAGAGGAGAAGAAAUACGUCGAAACACUCCCUCUUCAUUGUCUGGUAGACUCUCUGUUUCAAGCGACAGAUCUUCCUCAUCCAUGGGACGAAGUGUUUUAAGUGAAAACAGUAGUGUUGGAAGAUCGUCAUCACCUGUUAGUUUUUUGAAAACUCCCGAUUACCUUACUGCUCCAGGGGGUGCUAGGUCCAUUCGUUUGUCAGAGUAA